GGUGACAGAGGAUCCAAGGGGGUUUGUGGAAGCACUGGACUCAAAGGAAAGAAGGGGGAUGCCGGUAUUCAUGGACGAUCAGGCCUACCAGGAAGAAAAGGUGAACAGGGGGAUGUUGGACAUCCUGGGGCCCCUGGGAGCCUUGGAAAAGAGGGACUAGUUGGCCCCAAGGGUGACCGUGGUUUUAACGGGCUUACAGGACCCAAAGGAGCUCAGGGAGAGAAAGGUGAAAGGGGUCUGUCUGGUGUGCCUGGUCUUUCUGGUCCCAGAGGGGUGGAUGGUGCUAAAGGCCCUGAGGGGAUCCAGGGACAGAAGGGAGAAAUGGGUCCAGACGGAACCAAGGGAGACAGAGGAGAGCAAGGCAUGACGGUCAGUGCUUGA